CCACCCCCAUCCUGUUCAACUUCAAUGUCAGAAGGAAAUGAAGCCACAAUGUGAACAAAAAGAGCUGUAACAUUUUUUGUCUCCUGCCUCCUCCCUCCCUCUUCACUGUCCUCCCUAUAUAGAGCUACUCCACCCCACUCUGGCUGUAGUGUGACAUUCCUGCCUGCCUGAGGAAGAAAUGGUGAGCAGGGGCUCUAAUUGCAGACAAGUGUCACCCAGAAGCCACAAGUUUCUGUGAGCACCAGGUCUACAAACUACCCAAGGCAUAGCAAUGGCAUUAUCACUGGAAGAAUUCGUCCACUCUCUUGACCCCAGGACCCUACCCAGGGUUCUAGAAAUCCAGGCAGGCAUCUAUUUUGAAGGCUCUAUUUAUGAAAUGUUUGGAAAUGAAUGCUGUUUUUCAACAGGAGAAGUGAUUAAAAUUACUGGUCUCAAAAUCAAGAAGAUCAUAGCAGAAAUUUGUGAGCAGAUUGAAGGUUGUGAGUCUCUACAGCCAUUUGAACUGCCUAUGAAUUUUCCAGGUCUUUUUAAGAUCAUGGCUGACAAAACUCCGUACCUUACUAUGGAAGAAAUCACAAGGACCAUUCAUAUUGGACCAAGUAGACUAGGGCAUCCUUGCUUCUAUCAUCAGAAGAAUAUAAAACUAGAGAACUUCAUCAUAGAGCAGGGUGAGCAAAUCAUGCUCAACUCAGUUGAAGAGAUUGAUGGAGAAAUAAUGGUGAGCUGUACAGUAGUAAGGAAUCAUCAAAAUCACUCAUUUAAUUUGCCUUUGUCACAAGAAGGAGAAUUCUACGAAUGUGAAGAUGAACGUAUUUAUACUCUAAAGGAGAUUGUUGAAUGGAAGAUUCCUAAGAACAGAACAAGAACUGUAAAACUUACAGAUUUUUCAAAUAAGUGGGACUCAACGAAUCCAUUUCCUAAAGACUUUUAUGGUACCCUGAUUCUCAAGCCUGUUUAUGAAAUUCAAGGUGUGAUGAAAUUUCGAAAGGAUAUAGUCCGCAUCCUCCCCAGUCUAGAUGUCGAAGUCAAAGACAUCACUGAUUCUUAUGAUGCUAACUGGUUUCUUCAGUUGUUAUCAACAGAAGAUCUUUUUGAAAUGACCAGUAAAGAGUUCCCCAUAGUAACUGAAGUCAUAGAAGCACCUCAAGGAAAUCACCUGCCCCAAAGCAUUUUACAGCCUGGGAAAACAAUUGUGAUCCACAAAAAGUACCAGGCAUCAAGAAUCUUAGCUUCAGAAAUUAGAAGCAAUUUUCCUAAAAGACACUUCUUGAUCCCCACUAGCUAUAAAGGGAAGUUCAAACGGCGACCGAGGGAGUUCCCAACGGCCUAUGACCUAGAGAUCGCUAAGAGUGAAAAGGAGCCUCUUCACGUGGUGGCCACCAAAGCCUUUCAUUCCCCUCAUAACAAGCUGUCAUCUGUAUCUGUUGGGGACCAGUUUCUGGUGCAUCACUCAGAGACAACUGAAGUCCUCUGUGAGGGAAUAAAACAAGUAGUGAAUGUUCUGGCCUGUGAAAAAAUCCUCAAAAAGUCCUAUGAGGCAGCACUGCUCCCUUUGUACAUGGAAGGAGGUUUUGUAGAGGUGAUUCAUGAUAAGAAACAGUACCCGAUUUCUGAGCUCUGUAAACAGUUCCGCUUGCCCUUCAAUGUGAAGGUGUCUGUCAGGGAUCUUUCCAUUGAAGAGGAUGUGUUGGCUGCCACACCAGGACUGCAGUUGGAGGAAGACAUCACAGACUCUUACCUACUCAUAAGUGACUUUGCCAACCCCACGGAGUGCUGGGAAAUUCCUGUGGGUCGCUUGAAUAUGACUGUUCAGUUAGUUAGUAAUUUCUCUAGGGAUGCAGGACCAUUUCUAGUCAGGACUCUGGUAGAAGAGAUCACUGAAGAGCAGUAUUACAUGAUGCGGAGAUAUGAAAGCUCAGCCUCACAUCCCCCACCUCGCCCUCCCAAACACCCCUCAGUAGAGGAAACAAAGUUAACCCUGCUAACCUUAGCAGAAGAAAGGAAGGUGGACCUGCCCAAGUCUCCCAAGCCUACUGCUAAGAGUUCCUGCAUCUCACAUCUCAUUGUUUCAUCUCUAGAGAAGAAGAUAAUCUCUUUGGCUCAAAAUUUAAAACCGAAAGGGCCUUGGUUGGAUGAAUGCCAUCUCCUGACUCAACCAAUUUAUUAUUUACUCCAACUAGAGGCAUGAUUGGAGGGUAUCUGUUUGUGCUAUUAUAACAUAAUACCACAGACUCGGUAAUUCAUAAAGAACAGACAUUUAUUGUUUUAGAGUUCUGGAGGCUGGAAAAUCCAAGAUCAAAAUGCCAGGAGGCUCUGUCUCUGGUUCCAAGAUGGCCUCUUAUUGUUCCAUUGACUGGAGAGAAGGAAUGUUGUGUUGUCACAUAGCAAAAGUGGGGGAACCCUUUCCACAAGCCCUUUUCUUAGCAGCAUUAAUCCAUUAAUGAGGGCUCUGCCCACAUAAUAAAAACACAUCUCAUUAGGACACACCUUCCAACAAUGUUGUGUUAGUGAUUACGUUUCCAGCACAUGAAUUUUGGAGGGAAUAAAACAAUUUAAACCAUAGCAGUUGGGAGGAGAAUGAGGUGUCGUUGCCUCUAGUAUCUAGCAAUAUAGAAUUGCAGGAUGUGAAGACAUGGAGAUACAAAUAAUAAAUGUCCACUACCAUCAGAAAGAAAGGAUUAAGAAAAAAUACCAAAUCACAAAAAAAGCACUCAUAGGAAAAAUAAAAGGUUAAAAUUUUAAAAAAUGGUUCUUUGCCAGACAUUAGAUGAAAAUGAUCUAAGUGUUUUAUUAAGAGAGAAACUCACAGAACAACAUUACGCCUAGAUUACUAAACUGAAGUGAAUGUAAUCUUUGACUAAACCCGUACAUGUAGGAUUCCAGAUACUUAAUAAUUCCUAACUAUUUUUUACUGGUCAGACCCCACAUGGAUUCUUGGUGUUCCAAUUCUGAGUCUCACUCUUGAGACUAUUAACUGGAGUUUGUAAAGAGCCGUUAAAGAUGUUAAGAUGUUCUGGAGCCAUUUUCAUUUGAGGAAUAGUUGAAGACAUUGAGUGAUAAUCUAAAAUUGGAAGACUUGAUACUAGAUGAUAUUAGUUAUUUUAUACAUUUAAAUAGUUGCUUUGUGGCAGAGUGCAGACUUAUAUUCCAUUACAACAUCUUCAACACUGGGUGAAAGUUAAAGGAAGGACAAAUUUAAAGGAAGGACAAAGUUAAAGGAAGGACAAACGUGUUGGAACACGUUUCUUCUCCCAAAAAUGUUUACAGCAGAAGAUAGAAAAUCAUGUCAGUGAUGUCAGGGAAUCCUUGCUCUGGUUGAGAAUUUAUCAGACAGUUGAGAAGAGUCUACAAUUCUUUGUUUAUAAAUAGUUCCUUUAAUUCUAAUGUGGUAGAUAAAACAUUAUAUUUUCUCUGAAAUCACUUUAAAAUGUCAGAGGAUGCUAUAAUCUACCUGUAUUUAGACCUACUGAGCUCCUUAUUUUCAGCAAUUAUUUUUCACCAUGAAGGCAGGAAUCUGUUUAGUACAUUGUUUAUAGAAUGUAAACAGAAGCUCUCUUAGUUUCUCCAUAAUCUACUCCAAAAAUAGUAAUAUUAGUACUAUUUCUUAUUCUCACAAAGUCAUCCUUUCAUAUAUUCCUUUUAUGUUUCUUCUGAUAUCUACAUUAAGCCUGUUCUAUCAUGUGUGCUUUUAAGGAACAUUUUUUAUGCUUCAUAGGUAGAAGGCAGCCAUUGAAAACCAGCCUCUAAGAUUAUGGAUUAUAUAUGGAAUAUUGCUUUAAAUCUGGAUAACAAAUAGUAAGGAUUAUUCAGAGUUUAAAUAUUCAAACUCAUUUAGCUCAUUAAAAUGCUGUUUUACAUGCACAGAGAAGAGUCCUAGAUGCUUCAUUAUAUGAAUUUACUUUUGCCUUCCCAAUGGAUCAUUAACUUGGCUAAAUCAUUUCUUGCAUUGUUAAGUAACAGACAGAUGUAUGGGCAGUCUAAGAGAAAGAAUCUAAAAUUCACUCUGCAUUAGCCAAAUUAACAUACAGCAGGUAUCUGUUGUUGGUUAUGAACACUACAAGCUCAUCUAAAAUGUUUGGAAAUUAAGAAUACAUGAGGACAGUUUACAGGAACUAGGAGAAAUAGAAUUAUUUUUCAAAGUAAGAUUGUCAACAGUUCUCCAGCUUUAGCAAUACCUAAAAAGAAAAAAAAAAAA